CCGGCGCCAUGGCCGAGCGGGGCCGCCUGGGCCUGGCCGGCGCGCCCGCCGCGCUCAACACGCCGGUGCCCAUGAACCUGUUCGCCACCUGGGAGGUGGACGGCUCCAGCCCCAGCUGCGUGCCCAGGUUGUGCAGCCUGACCUUGAAGAAGCUGGUAGUCUUCAAGGAGCUGGAGAAGGAGCUCAUCUCGGUGGUGAUUGCCGUCAAGAUGCAGGGCUCCAAACGGAUCCUGCGGUCCCAUGAGAUUGUGCUGCCCCCCAGUGGACAAGUGGAGACCGACCUGGCGCUGACGUUCUCUCUGCAGUACCCGCACUUCUUGAAGAGGGAAGGCAACAAGCUUCAGAUCAUGCUGCAGCGGAGAAAGCGGUACAAAAACCGCACGAUCCUGGGCUACAAGACGCUGGCGGCGGGCUCCAUCAACAUGGCCGAGGUGAUGCAGCACCCUUCUGAGGGUGGCCAAGUGCUAAGCCUCUGCAGCAACAUCAAGGAGACCCCGGUCAAGGUGGCUGAGAUCUGGAUCUUCUCCUUGUCCAGCCAGCCCAUCGACCAUGAGGAUGGCGCCAUGCAGGCUGGCCCCAAGGCCAAGUCCACAGAUAACUACUCCGAGGAGGAGUACGAGAGCUUCUCCUCGGAACAGGAGGCCAGCGACGAUGCCGUGCAAGGGCAGGACCUGGAUGAGGAUGACUUCGAUGUGGGGAAGCCCAAGAAGCAGCGGCGCUCGCUAGUAAGAACGACGUCCAUGACCAGGCAACAAAACUUCAAGCAAAAAGUCGUGGCGCUGCUGCGGAGGUUCAAAGUGUCAGACGAGGUCCUGGACUCAGAGCAGGACCCUGCGGAGCAUGUCCCCGAGGUGGAGGAGGACCUGGACCUUCUUUACGACACGCUGGACAUGGAGAACCCCAGCGACAGCGGCCCCGACAUGGAGGACGACGACAGCGUCCUCAGCACCCCCAAGCCAAAGCUCAGGCCGUACUUCGAAGGCCUGUCACACUCCAGCUCACAGACGGAGAUCGGGAGCAUCCACAGCGCCCGGAGCCAGAAGGAGCCGCCAAGUCCGGCCGACGUGCCUGAGAAGACACGGGCCCUGGGAGGCAAGCAGCCAAGUGACAGCGUCUCCGACACGGUGGCCCCUAGCACACCCACCCCGGGGGAGCAGCCUGCACAGCCCUCGGACAGCACGGAGGUGGAAACCUCCACCCUGGACGUGUUCACCGAGAAGCUGCCGCCCAGCGGGCGCAUCACCAAGACGGAGUCUCUCGUCAUCCCCUCCACCAGGUCCGAGGGGAAGCAGGCUGGCCGCCGGGGCCGGAGCACAUCCUUGAAGGAGCGGCAGCCAGCACGGCCGCAGAACGAGCGGGCAAACAGUCUGGACAAUGAGCGCUGCCCAGACACACGGAGCCAGCUGCAGAUCCCCAGGAAGACCGUGUAUGACCAGUUAAACCACAUCCUCAUCUCCGACGACCAGCUCCCUGAAAACAUCAUCCUCGUCAACACCUCCGACUGGCAGGGGCAGUUCCUCUCGGACGUCCUGCAGCGGCACACGCUCCCCGUGGUGUGCACGUGCUCCGCGGCGGACGUCCAGGCCGCCUUCAGCACCAUUGUCUCGCGGAUACAGAGAUACUGCAACUGCAACUCGCAGCCCCCGACGCCUGUGAAGAUCGCCGUGGCGGGUGCGCAGCAUUACCUCAGCGCCAUCCUGCGGCUCUUCGUGGAGCAGCUGUCCCACAAGACCCCAGACUGGCUGGGCUACAUGCGCUUCCUCGUCAUCCCCCUGGGCUCCCACCCCGUAGCCAGAUACCUGGGCUCCGUUGACUACCGCUACAACAACUUCUUCCAGGACCUGGCCUGGAGAGACCUGUUCAACAAGCUGGAGGCCCAGAGCGCCGUGCAGGACACGCCAGACAUCGUGUCGAGAAUCACGCAGUACAUCUCGGGGGCCAACUGUGCCCACCAGCUGCCUAUUGCAGAGGCCAUGCUGACCUACAAGCAGAAGAGGAGAAAGAACUUUCACUUUGACUUUACCCUCAGCCCUGACGAGGAGUCCUCUCAGAAGUUCAUUCCCUUCGUUGGGGUGGUAAAGGUUGGAAUAGUGGAACCGUCCUCCGCCACGUCAGGCGACUCGGAUGACGCGGCCCCCUCGGGCUCCAGUGUGCUCUCAUCCACCCCACCGUCCACGUCUCCUGCGGCCAAGGAGGCCUCGCCCACCCCGCCCUCCUCCCCGUCGGUGAGCGGGGGCCUGUCCUCCCCCAGCCAGGGCAUCGGCGCUGAGCUGAUGGGGCUGCAGGUGGAUUACUGGACGGCAGCCCCGCCCGCAGACAGGAAGAGAGAUGCAGAGAAGAAGGACCUGCCUGCCACCAAAAACACGCUCAAGUGCACCUUCCGGUCUCUCCAGGUCAGCAGGCUGCCCAGCAGUGGCGAGGCCGCAGCCACGCCCACCAUGUCCAUGACCGUGGUCACCAAGGAGAAGAACAAGAAGGUGAUGUUUUUGCCCAAGAAAACCAAGGACAAGGACGUGGAGUCCAAAAGCCAGUGCAUCGAGGGCAUCAGCCGCCUGAUCUGCACGGCCAAGCACCAGCAGAACAUGCUGCGGGUCCUCAUCGACGGCGUGGAGUGGAACGACGUCAAGUUCUUCCAGCUGGCGGCCCAGUGGUCCUCCCACGUCAAGCACUUCCCCAUCUGCAUCUUCGGACACUCCAAGUCCACCUUCUAGCCUGGCCCACCGUGGGGCUGCCAGCUCCCCACCCUGGAGCCCUGCGAUGGCUGAGCCGGGAGGGCCCAACUGCUUUUCUGUUAACAUUUCAGUUUACUACAGAGACAGACCCUUAAAAACACAAAGAAAAACAGUCUUAAGUAUGAAUGUGCUCACAACCUGGAAACUAAUGGGGCGGCUCCCCACUGGGAGCCCGUAACUGCUCUGCUUAUUAACCAGAAUGUUCUGACAGGGGUGGGAGGUCAGGCGGACAGUGUUGAGCUUGAGAAUCGUGGAAGGUGUUUUUUGGCCUCAGGACACCCCGAGUCCCCCAGCAAGAAGGGUUCUCGCCUUUGCGUCCUGUCCUUGAAAGCCAGGACUCUGCUUCCUCAGGGAGCCAGGGUCAGGCGGGCGGCCGCACAGACCCCCAGGCUGCCUGUGUGCCCAGGCCACGUGCCCAGGUCCAGAGCUGGGUGGCCAGAGGCUGAAGGCUGGCCUCCUGGUGGGGGCGUCCUGAACAGAACACAGAAGCAGGUCAGCCCAGCCCUGGGCCCCAGCACCGGCCACUCGUGGUUCCCAAUAAGCCCCAGCCUCAAGGGGCGGCAGAGGUUUUAUAGUAGCGGAUAUUUUUAAUGCUUUUAAAUACAUGUUACAAUGUA